AUGAGAGACAUGUCGACAACAGUGGGUAUGAUCGGGUUAACAGAGAAUCCCGAGGCGAUGAGGAAGUUUGUGCUGUUAGGACCAGAAAUGGCCAACAUGGUUUUCAAGUUUGAGGAUGAAUCAUUUAACAAUACUGAGAAAAAGGGCGACCCAAACAACCAUCACAAUGCCAAUAAAGCAGCUCAAACAGCCUUUUUAACUCAUGAAAAGGCUUUAGAAAGCGUGAUGACCGAUUUGGGUAACCCCUUUCUAGAAGAAAAUGAAGAUUUGUACCAUUUAGAGUCCAAAAAAAUUUGCCCUUCAAGCUCUAAGGAUACUGUUUUUACCAUAUAG